GCACCGAGUCACCGAGUCCCCCCUCACCCGAACCAGCCACCCUCUCAAGUUGUAGCAGUUGCUUCCCGGGCGUGCUCCGUGGGCGGCCGGUGGGCGCGGGAGGCUGAGCGAGGGCGACGCUCCGAGGAUCGGGGUGCGGGUGGCCGCCCCGGGCGAUGAGGGGCCAUCGCUGACAGUAGAAGGAGCGCUCGGCGGCGGCUCGCGCGGACCCGCGAUGGAAGCGCCCCGGGAGGAGGCUCCCGGCCGGGCGGACCGCGCGGGCGGCAGCCGCUGAAGACCUGUCCGGACUCCGCGCGCUAAGGGGCCGCGAGGCGCGCCCGGCGUCCGCACUCGCGCGCUCGCCCCAGCCGUCCAAACUUCGGACUCGCCUCCGCCCGCCCUCGUCGCCGGGCGUCAGCAACUUGUGCGGCCCGCGCGCCCCCGCCCUCCCCUCCGCCAGCCCCGGGAGGCGGCCGCGCGGCGCGGGGAUGCGGCCGUGAGGCGCUGUCGGGUGAGGAGCAGCUCGCGGAGCGCGAGGGCGGCGCGGCCGGGGCCCGGGGCGCAGGGGCGCAGGCCCGCCGUGCCCGUCCCCCCGCCCAUUGCCCGGGCCAGCCGCCGCGGGAGGCGCCGAGCGCCCGGGUCGCCGAGAUGUCGUCGCCGUCGCCGCCCGCACCAGUUGCCUGCGCCGCCAUCUCGGCCUCGGAGAAAGUGGACGGCUUCACCCGGAAAUCGGUGCGCAAGGCGCAGAGGCAGAAGCGCUCUCAGGGCUCGUCGCAGUUCCGCAGCCAGGGCAGCCAGGCGGAGCUGCACCCCCUGCCCCAGCUCAAAGAUGCCACUUCAAAUGAACAGCAAGAGCUUUUCUGCCAGAAGCUACAACAGUGCUGUGUACUGUUUGAUUUCAUGGACUCUGUUUCAGACUUGAAGAGCAAAGAAAUUAAAAGAGCAACAUUGAAUGAACUGGUUGAGUAUGUUUCAACUAAUCGUGGUGUAAUUGUUGAAUCAGCGUAUUCUGAUAUAGUAAAAAUGAUCAGUGCUAACAUCUUCCGGACACUUCCUCCAAGUGAUAAUCCAGAUUUUGACCCGGAAGAGGAUGAGCCCACACUUGAGGCCUCUUGGCCUCACAUACAGUUGGUGUAUGAAUUCUUCUUGAGAUUCUUGGAGAGUCCUGAUUUCCAGCCCAGCAUUGCAAAGCGAUAUAUUGAUCAGAAGUUUGUCCAACAGCUCCUGGAGCUUUUUGAUAGUGAAGAUCCACGGGAGCGCGACUUCCUGAAGACUGUCCUGCAUCGGAUUUACGGGAAGUUCCUUGGCCUGAGAGCAUUCAUCAGAAAGCAGAUUAACAACAUUUUCCUCAGGUUUAUAUAUGAAACGGAACAUUUCAAUGGUGUGGCUGAGCUCCUUGAAAUAUUGGGAAGUAUCAUCAAUGGCUUUGCAUUGCCACUGAAAGCAGAGCAUAAGCAGUUCCUGAUGAAGGUUCUUAUCCCUAUGCAUACUGCAAAAGGAUUGGCCUUGUUUCAUGCUCAGCUGGCGUACUGUGUUGUGCAGUUCCUGGAGAAAGACACAACGCUGACAGAGCCGGUGAUCAGAGGACUGUUGAAAUUUUGGCCAAAAACAUGCAGUCAGAAGGAGGUGAUGUUUUUAGGAGAAAUUGAAGAGAUCUUAGAUGUCAUUGAACCAACACAAUUCAAAAAAAUUGAAGAGCCGCUUUUUAAGCAGAUAUCCAAGUGUGUCUCCAGCUCUCAUUUCCAGGUUGCAGAAAGAGCACUGUACUUCUGGAAUAAUGAAUAUAUUCUUAGUUUGAUUGAAGAGAAUAUUGAUAAAAUCCUGCCAAUCAUGUUUGCCAGCUUGUAUAAAAUUUCCAAAGAACACUGGAAUCAGACUAUUGUUGCACUGGUGUACAAUGUGCUAAAAACCCUAAUGGAGAUGAACGGCAAGCUUUUUGACGACCUUACUAGUUCCUACAAAGCCGAAAGACAGAGAGAGAAGAAGAAAGAACUGGAACGGGAAGAGUUGUGGAAAAAACUAGAAGAGCUGCAGCUGAAGAAGGCUCUAGAGAAACAGAACAAUGCUUACAACAUGCACAGUAUUCACAGCAGUACCAGUGCCAAAUAAAGACCAGCUCCCCCUGCUGGGCGGUAGUUUUGUACACCUUUUUUUUUUUUUUGGAAUAUAUAAAAACUUCAGAGCAGACCUCAUCAGUAUAAUAUAAUUAGGAGGCCAGUUUUUCCUGGCAAGUGUAAAAGCGCAAAGAAUUAUGGACUAAAACAUAGCCCUGUGCUGUAUCAUGGCCACAGUAUAUUGUAAACUCUGUCUAAUCAUGGAUUGUGUCACUGUCAUCUGUUGAGUGAGGUGAUCGUGGGAGUGGCGAGCGUGUGUUGCGACUUGAGCCCGGUUGUGCUGCACACACAGAUGAAGCCGUCCUCUGCACACUUCCUUUAUCAUGUAUUUUCACCUGGCUGCACACCUUGGUGCUGCACACCUUGGGUACAUCUGAGGAAAGAGCCUUCGUAAGAUAAGCGGAGGUGUUGCCCUUCCCUCACCUCUCCUAGAGAGGUGGGGGCGGGGGAUAAGAGCCCAGCCUCCUUAAAGACACUGCCAUACUCUGGGUUUUACAACAUCUUACAUUUCCAGGCUUCUGAAGCACAAAGUAUUAAAGUUGGGGGGAAAGUAAACCAAAAUCCUGAUGUUCCCAAAUUCCCCCUUCAGCAGCAGCGCCCCGGAGCGUGUGCGCAGCAGCACAGGCCACGGGUGGACCCGAGGCUCACCUCCUUCAUUCCUCUCCUCCAAGGCUGGAGGCAGGGCCUUCCCAGUCCUCACCCUGCCAGUCCCCAGGCCUGCCUACCUGCAGGGUGGAGGUUCUGGGCCCCACAGUGUGAUGCAGACUGCUAGCUGUCACUGCCUGGCUUUAUUUAAAGGAAAUGCAGUAGGUGUCCUCUGAAUUGACUGUGUAGAAGCCUCGUAUGUUUUUACCUGGUCAGGUAUUUUUCACACUUGUUGUUAUCAGUACCAUUCCAGCCUCUUGCCUUGCAGUUGUAUGGAAAACUGUUUUAUAAUGAGAGAUCUUCACUGGGGAUUGAGCAGCAUUUAAUAAAGUCUAUGUUUGUAUUUUGCCUUA